CCAUCAAAACCAGCGUCGAAACAAUCAAUUGUCCAAUUGUCAAACCUGAUCUUUCAAACCAUGACACAUUCGUGAGCAAAUACUACAACACUAUCAGGCAAAGGCCUGAUGCCGCGUAAUUCCAGUCAUGAACAUGUCGCCAACCCAAUCCAACCAGCAUUCGCUCCUAAGGUGCUAAAAGAUGCUAAUGGCACAUAAUGACGACAAACAGAAUAUUGAAAAUCAAACAUGCGAUGCGAUCAUCCCCCAUUCAACGCGAUCCUCAUCGAUUAGUGCUGAACCAACGCUCGUACCGAUGGGUCCCACCGGCAAAGUGUUUUCGCUAGUUCUCGCUCUUCUAACAUCUUCCCUACCAUCAUCAACCGGCGACAACAACGAUUCAGUGCCAUGUGGUUUACCCGCCCGCGAACUACGCCGCCCACUGAUUGUCAACGGGGAAGCGGCACCGCAAGCCGGCGAGUGGCCCUGGCACGCUUCCCUUUGGCACCGGGUGUCCCAAGGAACGUACGUGUACGUGUGCGGAGGAACGUUGCUGAGCGAGCUGUACGUCCUGACGGCGGGUCACUGCGUUUCCAAGGACGGGAAUGCACUGAACGAGCGGUUGCUAACCGUCCAGCUGGGUUCGGUGCGGCAGAACUUGCUGAUUGGUGGCUUUCCGGUGCAGAACGUUGCCGUGGCGAGCAACAUCCUGCACGAGGACUUUGCUCCACGCACUUUUCAGGCGGAUUUGGCGCUGCUGGCGCUGAGGACCAAGGUUGCGUUGAACGAAUUUGUUCGCCCGAUUUGUCUGCCGGUGGGCGGUGGAGGGACAAGUGAUGAGGAGGACCUUAAUGGAAAACAAGCGGUAGCGAUUGGGUUCGGGAUGACCGAGCAGGCAGAAACGGCGGACGUGCUGCGGAAGAUACGGAUUCCGAUAGUGGACUAUGUGACUUGUUUGGAGAGCAACAGGAAAGUGUUCGGGACGGUACUGUCGGCGAAAGUGUUGUGUGCCGGCAAUUUGAACGGGAGUACGAUCUGCAAUGGGGACAGUGGAGGUGGGUUGUUCACAGAGGAAGAUGGUGGAAGGUGGGUUUUGCGAGGGGUGAUCAGCUUCACUGCGCAACGGGGGUGGAACGAUACGAGUUGCAGUUUGACGGACUACUCGGCGUUUGUGAAUGUUGCUUACUACGGCGAUUGGAUCCGGUAUGUUUUGAAAAACGGAGAUCAACGUGGAUUCUUCAACCGAAGUGUAGGAAAAGUCGAGGAAACCAAAGUAAAGGUAGCAAAGACCAUGCGUAUCAGCGAAAAGAAAUGCAAGGAGUUUCGACGGAAGGGUUUGACCAUAGUAAGACCAGCAAAUCCGAGUCAUUACGAUUUUUUCCAAAACGACACUUAUUCUCAAGGGGAAUCCUACACAAAGACCGAAUAUGUACAUUUGUACGCUAAUAAAACUUUGGUCGGAAUGGUGUACUUUGUCAGUGACAAACAUGCGAUUACGACUACUGAAGUGGUGAAAGAUUGUACCCUGGAGUACGUAGUCUGCAAAACCGAUCAUAAGGCCAAAGUUCUAAAGGUUUUCGUACAUCCUGGAUAUCGUGAAGGCAGUAGCGACUUCAAUGUGGCAGUAGUUCUCACAGAGCCUACAGAUGAAUUUGUUUGGUGCCUCGCUGCAGUCUCUUCAGUGAACUUACGGGUAGAAGGCAAGAAGCUACUGCUGAGUUCAAUUGCCCGCGAAGCCUCCAGUUGGGUUGAGUUUGACUCGGAUCAGUACCUGGACAUAUAUCGGGCAGCUGCCGUCUUUAACGAACGUCGGGAUGAGAUCAUUGGAUUGCUACAGAACUCGGCCGGAGAACCGCUGGUGAUGACUAACACAACGGCUGUCCUAAAUUGGAUCGAAUCUGUGGUGUGGAACAUUACGUAUGUAAAGGAAAAUGUUAGCCACGUUGCGGUAAGAAUAACUGAAGCGAAGCAACCGCUCCGGCCGAGUGCGGCGGCUUGUAAGCGUUACCGACUGCAAGGUUUGACAAGUGUGAAUCCAGCAAAUCCGAUCCAUACAGAGAACUUCAAGAAUGCGACAUAUCAGAAAUCCAGCGGUUACGAGAAAUCCAACUACGUUGGGCUUUAUCAGAAUAAGGUUUCACUCGGAGUGAUAUACUAUCUGGCCGAAGAAUACGCAAUUACGACUGGGAAAGUGGCAAUCAACUGCUCACAGCCGUUGGACACUUGCGUGACGGAUCAUCGCCAAAAGGUUCUGCAGAUUGAGAUUCACCCGAAGUAUGAUGGCGGGCAAAGUUACAACAUCGCUCUGCUUCGAACAACUUUUGCAAAUGAAUUCUUUGUUUGCCUAGCAGUUGAACCUGCCGUUCAGUUAUACUAUGGCGGCAGCAGACACCGACCUCUGGGUGCGGUCCUCGAAGAUCAUCCAACCUGGACAGAAUUCGAGUCGGAUCUGUUCGUUCGCAUUGAACCAGGAUAUGCCGUUUACACCGAUCGUCAUGAUGAAAUUGGGGGUCUACUGCAGAACGGAUCCGGCGAAGAAGUUGUAGUGACCAACGUCACUGCCCUGCUGGAUUGGAUCGAACCCAUUGUGUGGAAUGAGGCGGCAUCGUCGAUUGAACCUCGCUGAGCCGAGAUCUUCCCACAUGGCACUCGACACCGUGACGGUGUUCGCGAUGGGAAAAGUAGGAAGGAAGUUCCCAUCAAAAGUGAUAAAUCAACAAUUGCGUGCACUUGACGCGCAAACGAAACGAAAUGCAGACA